CAACAACAAUGUUUAUGUAACCAAAAACUGCUAGUUUCUAUUGUAAAACUACGUUGCAUCAGGUAUUCGCGUUAGAGAAUUAAGUGUUUAGUUCAUUCGUUCACUGCGCACUCGAAUUUGAGUGACUUCGGAACCUCGAGUAAGGAAUACGUAUGAAACAGUAAGGAAAUCCACCGCCAAAACCUCUUGUCGGCUGCUUCGAUUGUUCACUACCUGCUUGUCAACGGGCAAGAUGGAAAUGCAGGAGAUGACAACGUUCCAACUGCCGGAUGAAAUUGUCCAGCCAUACGCAAUAUCCUGCGCUGGGGAUAUGCUAGUGGUCAGCUGCAAGGAGGAGACGUUCGUGUUGCGGCUGAAGUACAAACCAUUCUCGGAGGAUGGUGCCAUCAACUAUGUGCUUUCACGAUUCAAAUGUUCCUCCGCCCGGCCAACCGGUCAACUGUUGACACACGAAACCAACCUCUACAAUGCCAGUGAUACUGAGCAGCGGAAAAUAAUUAUGCUCGAUCAAACGCUCAUUCCGAACAUUACAAAAGUUUACAUAAACAACGUGCAAUCAUGGAUAUCACCACCGGGAGCAAUUCCGGACAGCGCCAACGGACAUCUUAUAGCGAACCUUACCAACAUGGGCCAGUUGACGAUCUACCGACAAGAUGAACAAUGGAUAUCGAGUUGGAACAUGUAUGUCGAUGUUUCUGCAGCAUGGAUUAAGCAUAUUUACAAAGGAGAAGCAAUCGAACAGUUUGAGCAACUGCGAACGAUGGCAUCGGAAAUCAUAAUCACGUCCUUCUGCUGGCAGGACGCUGCAAACAGUUCAUUUGCGCCAUAUUUUGCCUUCGGUACUAAGUCUGGAAAGAUUGUGAUUUGCUCUCUGUCCGAAGCAGGGCCUCAGAUAGAGGAUGUUUAUCAGUAUGAGGAAGCAGCGUCUGUGCUAAAGUACAACGCUGAAAAAAACUUCCUUCUGGUGGGUGGACGAAGUGGUCAGGUAACUUUGUUCCGAUGCAACAAAAAUAUUCGACGCGUUGCCACUUUCUUGGACGAAGAUCUCACAGCCUCCAUUUUGGAAUAUGAACUGGAAAGUAUUAACGAUCAUCUACUGCUGCUCGUUGUGAAGGGUUCGUUUCUACUGGCCCUGCAUAUUAAUUUAAAUGCCAAAAUAUUAGGCACAGGAGUAUUGAAUUUGGAACACUUUAUGAUUACCGGUUUGAAGCAGCUUGAAAAGGGAAGAUAUAUCGCCUGCACAAUGGAAGGGGCCAUUUUCCUGGUCGUCAUCGAUCGUACGCACCAUGGAGAGUUAAAAUUUCGCUGUGAGCAAAUCAAAACGGAUAUCAACGUCGCCUCGUACGCGCUGUAUGGCGUAACAGCGACGCGCACCCGCGCCUGCUGGCUUUUCCUGGGUUUUCCCUCGAGACGAUACGACCAUUUAUCACUCCGCACGCCCACUUGCGUGUUCUUCACCAAGUUUACAAUGCGUCAGGCACUGGAAGUGUUGCAGAGCAACCAAACGCUCAAGAUGACCGACCACUACGAUGCGGCAGAAGUUGCACGCUACAAUAUGAGUAAAAAUCCGGACACUUUCAAUCAGCUCGAAUCGGUCGUGCUUCAUCCGGAGCUGGACACGGCCUUUUGCUACCAGCUGAAGCUGCAGUUAAUUUACCUCGGUGCGAAAAUGACACACCAGAGCCGACGAAACAAGCAAACCACGGAAAUCCUGCACAAUCAGCUACAGUUUCUGUGCACCAUGAUCGAAGUUAUCAACGCCGCAAACGUGCUGUGCUAUUUGGCGGAGAUCGCCAAGUGUAAAUCGUCACUGAAUCCGCUGCAGCAGAAUGCCGUACUGUGCUUACGAAAUUUCAUCGACAACAUAGUGGAAGAUGCUUUCCCGGGCGAUUACGAGUAUGUGCACCAGGGGCUGAAAGCGAAGCUAUCGAAUGUACUGAGUAAGACGUCCACUCUUCCCACGAUUCCGUACGAGGUAUGUAAUUUCUGCGACGCAGAGAUGGCACCGGGCCGAAUCACGUGCCGGAAGGACCAUCCGGUGUUCCGGUGUGUAACGACAAAAAUCCAAAUCCCCCUGGACGGGGACGAGAUUACGUGCGAAAUGUGUCAACGGUAUUCGCUCAAGUUGUCCAUGCUCAGUUUGGUGUUUGAAGAUCAAAAGCUUUGGAGUAUGAAGUGUCCCAUUGAUUAUCGAAAUUGUUGCCUUUGUGAUGUUCCGUUUAGGAGCACUAGCUAGGUGUCUAUAUCUAAAAACCUGAGAUCAAAUAAUUUUAUUUUACAUACGAAUUAUUUUCAAGAUAAAUAAAACAAUCUUUAACUCUUAUGUCUACCAAGCUUUCGAAUCCAAAAGCAAGGUAUGGAGGAA